CACAACUUCAUUCUUUCUCUUUCUCUCUCUAGAAAUCAAACCAUCACAAAAAUGGCAGCCGACGACGAUACCUUAACAAUUCCAAGGCCUCUAGUGAAUCUUACAAAUCAAAAUACAAGAAAGAAGACGAGGCUAAUCGUCUUAAUCAUGUUCAAUUUAACCAUCAUAUCAUUCAUCCUAAUCAUACGUUUCGCUCACCCUCAAAAACCUAAAUUCCUCCUUCAAGAUGCAACCGUCUUCAUCUUCAACCUCUCAACAUCUCCUCCAAAUCUUCUCAAUUCCACUUUACAGAUCACCAUAGCUUCUCAAAACCCUAACAAGGUCUCCGGCAUCUAUUAUGACGAUCUGGGUAUUUAUGCAGAGUACAAGGAACAACAAAUCACUUAUCAAACUGCAAUUCCUCGAGUUUAUCAGGAUCAUAAAGAGACUAAUGUUUGGUCAUUGUUUAUUAAUGGAGGUAACGUACCGAUUGCUCCGUAUAAUGUUCCUGUUCUUAGAUGGGAUCAGUCAAAUGGGUUUAUUAAUCUUGUUAUUAAGAUUGAUGGACAUGUUCGAUGGAAGAUUGGUUCGUUUACGACUCGUAAGUAUCAUUUUCAUGUUGUUUGUAAUGCUAAUAUGGAUUUUAGAGGUAAAUUUAGUAAUAAUGAUGGUGUUGUUGUGUUUUCAUCGGUUAAGUAUCAGCUUUACCGGCGAUGUACCGUCGCCGUCUAAUCUCCGAUUGAUCACUUAUUGUUUAUUUAGGAAAUGAUGUUCAUUUUAUCAAUAAAUGAAUCUUGUUAGU